AUGCCACAGAGCGAUCAUCGCAGCAACCUGAACAUCUCCUUCAGCAUUGGUGAACGCAAUCAUAGCAUCACUCAAGCCGAUGGUAACUCUCGUCCGUUCCAGGGCCAAACCUUCCCUGCAGCACCAAGUGCGAUGACCCGUACCCGAGAGGGAUCCAGUGAAGGCUCAGGAUCAGGUCUUUUCGCGCGUCAAGUAGCCAGAACACCGGGAGAGGCAUUCCCGACGGGCGCGAUCACCAAUGGACGGUCCCCUUACGGAACUGAACUUGAGCAGAAGCACGCUGAAUUGGCUGAACAGGCUGUAACAUUUCAGGUGGAGGUCACAACGCGGCCGGGGAAAAAAGGCGAGAAGUCGUCUGAAGUCGAUGAAACGUGUGAGCCCGAUGAGAAACACUACGGCGAUGCCCGAAAGUGUAAUUUCCGAGUGGGCGAACUUUACAGGAUCUGGCAUCCCUACAACAUCGAUGUACACCUCAAUACCUUCUUGGUAGAGAAGAUCAUUGGGACCAGUAUGUCUUGCCUUAAACUCGAGCAUCGCUCUCCUGUCGAGGUGGAUCGGAAAUUCGAAUCCACACAUGUGAAGCUCAGGGUCGAGAGCUACGUCUCAGGCUCAUACAACCAUCGGCGAUCAUCCAGCCGUUUGCGUGCCAGGCAGCAGCAAGAAGGGCUGGAGCCACAAGAGUUUACCAUGGCUACAGUUUAUAUGGGAAAGCAGCAGCGUAUGAAAGACGACUGCUACAUUGAUGUUACCGGGUCCUGGAACAUUGACUGGCAAUCAGAGUACUACCGGCCGUACGAUGUGGUCGUCAUCGGCGGUGGCCAUGCGGGCACCGAAGCGAGUGCUGCCGCCGCCAGAUCUGGUGCUCGAACAGCACUCGUCACUCCCUCGUUGUCGAAUCUCGGGGUUUGUUCCUGUAAUCCUAGUCUCGGUGGCAUAGGCAAGGGAACAAUGAUCCGCGAGAUCGAUGCUUUGGAUGGCGUCGCUGGCCGAAUCACUGACAAGGCGGGAAUACAAUUUCGAAUGUUGAAUCGAAGGAAAGGACCUGCGGUCUGGGGACCAAGAGCGCAGAUUGAUCGAGAUCUGUACAAGAGAUAUAUGCGGGAAGAGAUACUCUCUACGCCGAAUCUGAGUGUUCUUGAGGGCAAAGUGGGAGAUAUAAUAGUCUCGAAGGACAACAUAGGGCCUGAAGACAAUGUCUCGCAGGGCAGCAUCACCGGUGUCCGCCUCGAGGAUGGGCAGAUCAUUCCCACGUCGCAGGUGGUGAUCACGACAGGCACGUUUUUGGGCGGAGAGAUUCACAUCGGCAUGGAGGCGUAUCCAUCAGGACGGAUGGGUGAAGCGGCAACAUUUGGACUCAGCAAGUCCUUACGAAGUGCGGGAUUCACAUUGGGAAGAUUGAAAACUGGAACACCACCACGUUUGGACCGAGACACCAUCGACUUUCGCCGUCUCGAGAUCCAGCCUGGAGACUCUCCACCACAUCCCUUCUCGUAUCUCAACGACACUGUGGAUAUCGGGGACGAGGGCCAAUUGAAUUGCUGGUUGACCUACACGAACCCUGCAUCGCACGACAUCAUCCGUGCGAAUCUCGACAAAACGAUACAUAUUCGAGAGACAGUGAGAGGUCCUCGAUAUUGUCCAUCAUUAGAAUCCAAGAUUAUCAAAUUCGCGCAUAAAUCAAGACAUCAGAUUUGGCUGGAGCCAGAAGGAAUGGAACCUAACAAUGUUAUUUACCCAAAUGGCAUGAGCAUGACGGUGCCCGCAGAUGCACAAUAUGCCAUGCUGAAAACAAUCGUUGGGCUCGAGAAUGUCAAGAUGCUCCAAGCCGGCUAUGGGGUAGAAUACGACUACAUCGACCCGCGGAACUUGUUUGCCACUCUGGAAACCAAACUUAUCAAAGGUCUGUUCCUUGCAGGUCAAAUCAAUGGUACUACAGGAUACGAGGAAGCAGCCGCCCAGGGAAUCGUGGCCGGAAUUAAUGCUGGCCUGGCAGCGCAGGGUAAAGAGCCAUUCACACUUUCUCGCGCGGAUGCCUUCAUCGGCAUUCUCAUCGAUGAUCUAAUCACGAAAGGUGUUUCAGAGCCAUAUCGAAUGUUCACCAGUCGUAGCGAGUACCGCUUGAGCUGCAGAUCAGACAACGCAGAUUUGAGAUUGACUGAAAAGGGUCGCAGCGCUGGCAUUGUGGGGGAUAAGCGCUGGAACCACUUCACAACCAUCCGCAGCGAGAUGGUCGACUUGCAGAAGAAACUCGAAGAGAUCAAACUGUCGAGUCAAGGAUGGCAGAAGCUGGGAGUGAAUGUCCGAACUGAUUCGACACUGCGAAGUGCGUUCGAAGUCCUUCGGAUGCAGGAUUCGGACGUCGAUAGCAUUGCCAGAGUUACGCCUGAACUGGCGGGCACCACAUCCAAUUACUCCGUCACAAUCAAAAGACGCGUGGAGAUUGAGAGCCGCUAUGCACCCUACGUUAGCAGGCAGCAGAAAACAGCGGAUUCAUUCAUACGGGAAGAGGAGCUUUCGUUGCCCGUCGGUCUUGACUAUGACAGAAUCUAUGGGCUGAGUAUUGCCGAGAAGGAGACUCUGAAACUCGUCCGGCCCACGAGCAUCGGUAUGGCGAGACGAGUCGAGGGUGUGACGCCUAGUGGAGCGUUGAGAUUGCUUCACCAUGUUCGCCGAGGCACAAAUACGAUGGCCAGCGCUUCCGAAUCAACGGCUCCUGGAGACGAACUAUUGAAUGCUGAACGAGAAGAAGCCGAGGGGGCGAUUGGUGCUGUGGGUGGUACUUGA